AUGGCCAGCGCGAUUCAAAAGCAAGCUGGUCUGGACAACCGCGCAGCUUGGUCAGAAGCUUUGAUUCGAUCUCAAGGACGCAAGUUGAUGCGAGACAAGUAUCCCUGUGCUGAGCUGCGGAAGGUCAUUUGCGCUUAUUUAGCCUGGACGAACUCAAGCUCCGGAGUAGAGCAACUCUUUUCAAAACUUCAGAACAGCCCGACUGAGCAAGGAAACGCGAAAUGUGAUACCGAUCGCCGCCUGGCGACUGUCAUCGGAACUGUCAAAGAUUCUGACGCAGAGGAGAUUGUGCGUCGUGCCCGGGCGCUGUACGCAGACCUUUUGGUUUCCGGCCGGGCGCGGGCACCUAAUAAACAACCCCGAGUGGACAAAUGCGCCAGGAAGCAACCCCGCCCGUCUGAGAAGCAAUGGGUUCGAGAUCGCAGAAGCGCAGUGCUGUCGGCAGCCAAUGACCUCCGCAGCAACCCAAGUGCAAACGCACACUGGUCAGCAGCAGCAUCAGUGAACAUGCCAGAGCCAUUGCAGAAAGAACUUGCCAAGCAAGAGUCUCAGGCUGUUAAACGAAAGGCCGAGGCCUACCUUGAUGGUUUGUUGCUGCCAACCGAAGCAGACGGCAAGGUUCUCUCGGCAGCAGCUGCCAAAUUGAAAACGGAUGCAGCAAACGAUGCGGCGCGGAGAAAGAAGUUUCAGGAGGUGACCACGGCCACCAAAUUGAAGACACAGAAACAGUCCAUUGCUUGGGCAAUGAAAUCCCUGCAGUCUCCAGUCUAUUUUGCCGGCGCCAGUCCUACAGAGGUUGCCAAAUGGACCAAGAAGCUGGCUGACCGUGGAAUCACCAACGUGACGCAUGUGCGCGUGGAAGCGCCCAGGGUGACAGUGGUUGGCAGGACUGCAGCCAUGCCGCGGCUCAAAGUCUUGAAAUCCUUUGCGAAGCCCAAGGCUAGAAGCGUUUCUGCGCAAGACAGAGACAAAUUGAUUGCCAGCAUCAACGCCCUCACCACUAAUUGGAGGCAGCGCUUGAAACCAUGGCCAAAGCCUUCGUCGCUACAACCAAUCAGGUUGAUAUCUGACUGCGCCGGAUAUGGCUCCGACCUGAUUGCUUUGCGGCUGCUAGGAUUACGCGCCAGGGUUCAAUGCGUCAUGAUGUCUGAGUGCAACCCUGCAAAGGUGCAUCUGCACCAAGCAGUUGAAGAAGUAUGUGGCUUCGAUGCAGCCCAGCUCGAACAUGUCUCUGACAUGUCUUUGCGAGAUAACUCGACAGCACCGUCUGUGGAACUUUAUGUGGCCGGAUACCCCUGCCCAUCAUUUUCCAGGCUGGGAAAACAGAAGGGCACCCAAGACAGCAGAGGGAUGAUCACCAUCCAUGGACUUGCAUUCAUAGCCAAAACUCGCCCGCUCAUGGUGGUCUUAGAGCAAGUCUCUUCCCUUUUGCAUCGCAAGCACAAGAGGGUGUGGGAGUUCAUACAGAAAACCUUGAGGCUUUUGGACUACAAGUAUGUCUACAAAACCUUGAACACAAGGCAAUUUGGAGUGCCGCAGUCACGCCCACGGGUGUAUGUGUUGGCUGUUGCCGCAGAAUGCUGUUUGCAGGAACAGUUGCAGAUGCCUGUGGAGAGAAAGCAGCACCCUGAUUUGCACACCUUCUUAGACAAGGAGAAGUCGGGAACCGAAAUCCUUUCCUUGCCCCACUAUGAGAGGCAAGCCGGCCCGAAUUUGUGGAAGAAGGGCUACGUGGUGGACAUCAAGUCUUCAGAUGCUUUCCAACAUCUGAUGAAGAACUGCUGCCCCUGCCUCACCUUCACUCGUUGCCGAGAGUUUGGCUAUUACAUUCCUAAGCUCAGACGACGCUUGAACACUUUCGAGUGCGCCCGUUUACAGGGCUUGCCAGAUGCUGUUACGCAAGCGAUGCUUGCAUGUUGUCGGGAGGAAUCCUUACCUGCAGGUACGGUGGAAGCGUCCAUUGGAGAUGCCAUGAGCAUCAACGUUUUGAUGCUGGACCCGCAGAAGGAUAGUAGGCUUGCGGGCCUUGGGAACCUUCGGGUUCAGCGCCUGCGGGUGCAGGCUUGCGGGCCUAAUGGGAACCUUCGGGUUCAGCACCUGCAGGUCAUGGUGACUUCGGCAGCAGCUGCUAAGCCCAAGCGACGUGGCCGUUCUCCCGGUCCUCCUCGUGGCGAUUCGCCUGGCCCUGGCGCUGCUCCGGCGGCAGAAUCGGCUGCGGCGAGUCAUCAUGCCAGUCAUGGCAAAGACGACGAACGCCGGGCGCAAGCUGCAGCUUCACCGUCGCCGCGCCAGGAUUCUGACACGGCCAGCGACACACGCCGUGCCCGUGAGAAAGCCGACGAGGCUCACCACCGCGCGCACGACUCCGAUGAAGUCAAGCAAGACUCCGAUGAAGUCAAGCGACGGGGCCUCAAAGACCGUCGCCGUCGUCGUGACGACGAGACCGAGCUUGCCACGGCCCGGCGGGGACACAGGGACGACGACAACCAGGCGCGGGUGUCACGGCGUUCCAGGCACGUGGAGCCCCUGCCCGACGGCUCUGAGAAGGAUGGGAGCCGGGAGCCACCACCGUCAGAGGUGUCGGUCGCGGACACCGAGUGUGAGAUCUGCGGCCAGUGGAAAAAUGGGAACUUCGGAGUCAAGCAACACCAGAGGUCCUCGAAACACUGUUUGAGGUACAAGUUCUGGAACAAAGGGUGGAGCUGGGAGGCAGCCUGCAAAAAAGCUCAGUCCGAGUGGAAAAAGCAGGCGGCCUCCUGGAAUAACUGGAUCCACCGCGACGACCACACACCUGACAAUCGUCGCCGCCCAAAGUCACCGGAAAUGGGCCCAGUCAGGGUGAAGUCCAAGUCCAGGACUCCGAGGCGCGACCGGGAAUCGGCGGACAAAGGUGGUGGCCCGCCACUGUCACCGUCGAUUUCCGUGUCCCCGCCGCCGGCCAAGGGCCGGGUGAGGGUGGCAUCCCGCUCGUCGCCGCCUGCCAAGCAGCAUCGUCGCGCUGCUCUUCACGACGGCGGUGAUGACGGCGAUCGCCGUCACGGCGGCAAUGAAGGACAGACUCGCCAGUCGUCUGGCCGCAAUGACCCCGGCGCUGCUCGUCGUCAUCGUCCGACCGACGAUCGGCGCGACAGGGAUUACAAUGCCGUCCAUGUCAAGUCGCCUGACAACUACGGCCGUGAGGCGGAGGGGAAGCCCAAUGCCAAGGUGAAGGACCGCAAGCCUGACCGCAAGCCGCCGCCCUCCAAGCCUGCGGCAGCAUCAGCGGUCAAGGCUUCGGCCAACAACGCCGCCGAGUCAGGCAGUUACUACAGCAGUGACAGCAGCGACAGCUCGGGGGAUGACGCCGAGCAGCAGGACCCAGUGGCCACAGUGCCAGCGGCGAAGAAGGGCGCAAAGCCCAAGGCCCCAGCCAGGGCCAAGACGCCGCCGCCGCCGAAAGCGUCAGCUGCAGCCCCGGCAUCCAGCGACCUCAAACUCGCUGCGGUAGCUCGCUUUUACGAAAGCCAAGCGUUGUUUCUGAGGGGCCUGAGCGACGACCCGUGGCUGGCACUGGCACCCCUGGUGAACAUGGCUGAGCCCAUUAAAAACGUUUCAGCCUGGCGCCUCAACCAGGCUGAAAAAGAUGAAGUCGCCAGGCGCACCCGGGCUGGCGAAGAUGAGAAGACUGUUACCCGUGAGAUCCAGUUGAAAAAAGCCGAGGCUUCUCGUGACAGGAAAGCUGCUGCCCAGGCUGUUGCUGACCGAGCCAAGCAGCAGGACAUGGCAGCUAAGUUGGCCAAGGGAAAAGCUGGCCAGAAAAAAGCAGGGGCCCCAGAAUUUGUUCAGACAGUGUCGUCUGAUGAUGCGACCAACAAAAGUUACUACACAGAUGUGCAAGCCGACUGCGAAGUCAUAUUAGCAGAGUAUGGCAAAGACUUUCAGCAGGCCAAGCCAUUGUCACUUGGCAAUGACGUAACCGGCCAAGACACAGGAGUGCAAGAUGCGUUCAGCAAGGCGAAAGCUGCCCAGUCCCUACAGGCACAUUCUGUGUACCGUUGCUCGAUCAGUGUGUGGAUGCUCAACUUGCUGACUUCAGCAACACCAUCCAUUCCGCUGUCUCGGCGGCGCGUGGUGGAGCUUUGCGAAUUCCACUACGGCCCCUGCGGGGAGCCAAAAUUUAUAACUGACAGAAACAUUGAAUGCGGCAUUUCUGAGGGGGAAUUGGCCACAGACUCGCCUUCCGGGCUACUCAUGAUUUCUCCCGAGGAGAUUGCGCACUCGGUUCUGGCAGGGUGUGCUCGGGCCAUCAAGUCUCGCCCACUUGACGAUGAGGACAAGUGGAAAGCCAAAUGUGAGAAAUGGAGAUGCAUUCUCCUCAGCAUCCCGUGCAGCUUCACAGUGGUGGCUCAGUCUGACAUUUGGUGGAAGAGCUUCAACCGCCGGCAGGCCCUCCAGCAGGAACACGAAUCGCUCAGCCGCACGGCGGUACAAUACAGCAUGGAGAUCGCUGCAAUGAAAAACAUUGCCGAGGCUCAGUGCGGAAAAAAACUGACGGCUUCCGCUCUUUCAACGGAACUGCUUCGCUUGGGACUGCAGCCCAUCGUGGCAGGCAAUAAAGGCCCUGGACAGGACGACGAAGACUCAGGCAAUGGUUGCCUGAGCGCCAACUUCAUCACAGCUGCGCUGAAUUGCCAGAAAUGGGUUGUGGCAGACCCAGCCUGCAUGGAGAUGCUGCUGGAAUUGGAAGCAGGCUACGGCACAAAAUCACCUUUUCACCGGAUGACUGUUCUGAACUGUCUGGCCAUGAAGGCGACGAGCGCCAGCAGCAGGCAGUGGUCCUUAGCCACAAUUUGUGAUUGGAUAGCGCACGGGUUGCUGAAGUGUUCAGACGUGACGAAAGCAACGCUGGUUGGCGAUAAACAUCACACGGGCCUCAUACCCCUCUACGAGACCAAGUUGAAGGUGAUGGGCGCUUUUUUCGAUGAUUUCUUGCCAAAAGCCGGUCUCCGCGACGAAGAUAGGAAGCAGCUGAAGACAGCCCUCAGCUCCCAUUCAGCCUACCGGGCGCAUAGUGCUGGGACAGGCGACUGCAGUUGGCAAGCGUCCCUGCUUAAGUCCGGCAUCCUGACCUUCGAGCUGAUCGAGGAGCUUGUGUAUACAAGACAGCAUGACCACACGCUGAAGCAAGCGGCCAAACAGGGCGCAGUUGAGGCGGUCAUGGAGCAUGACAAUAUCAAAGUCAAAUGGGAGAAAAUAGGAGCACAAAUUGCCAACGAACUGGCUGAAAAGCAAGCUCUGACAGCUGUGGCGGGUGAGGGUUCGGCCGACGAGGAGGAAGAAGAGACUGUGGUCAUCCGCAAGUCCCCGAACUCGUUCACAUUGCAUUCGGCGCCGUACUGGCGCGCGGUGGGGAAUGCCACCGUCCGCACGUACAUUACACUGUGCCCAGAGCCCAAAACCCUGGCGGCUGUGGCAAGCGCGGUCAGUCAAUCGAACUUGAAGUCGGUCCGAGGCAACUCUGGGGAAAGCUGCGUGCUUUGCUUGCUGGACUUGGACCUACUAGGUGAAACCUUGGGACCGGCAUGCCAGGCAGGGCUGAGGCGGCAAUUCCAACCGACUCCGGGACUGUUGUCCAAGCUUGUGCACGGCGCCAUGGUAGGGCGAGGGUCUCAAAAGGUCAACGAUGCAGGUGAAGCCUCCGCUGUCGUUGAAGGGGACGUGAUGAUCCUUCACGUCGGUGUUGGCCGAGGCAGCAAAAAAGAGCUCAAGGCGCUGUUCAGCCCGACUCUCGGAAGCGGCAAGCAGCAGAGAACAGACUCCGAACUGAAGGAAUCUGUCAUUGUGUUCAAGGAUGACAGCUUGCGCGCCCGGAAAAAGCGGGUCAAAGGAAGCUACACGGCUCAUUCUUUGCUUCUCACAGCCAGCUCAUCCAUCCUGUCCCACUCCGUCCCUGAGAAGACUUACAAUUUUCACCCUGGAAGCUGCUGGUCUGAUGUCAUCUCAGAGGUGGAAGCGCUGUCAGCCAGCGAGCUGUGGCACACGACCAGGACCGAGAAAGAGGAGAUCCUGGGAAAGGAUCGACUUGUGGAUGUCACAGCCGAGGCGAAAGAGAAGAAACCCGGGCAAGGCGACGGAGGGGCAAUGCUGGAAUCUGUUUUCAGCGCGGCAAUCUUUUCAGACAAUUUUUAUCGUGACCUCUUCAAAGGGCAUUCCGCAAAGGCUGUGCUGGAUUUGAGUGCCGGCCAGGGGGCGGCAGCCAGAGCCGCUCUUUUGGAGCGGGUCCCUUACUUCGCAUUGACCCACAGCGAGGCUCACAGCAAAAAGCUUGAGGUUGACCUGACAGAUUUCAUCGUGUCUGAGAUGAAAAAGGAGGGUUCCACCCAUUACAGACCAGAAGCCUGCCAAGAGCCAGCUGAGGCUGGACAGUCGCAGCCAGCGCCCAAGGGCAAAGCGAAGAACAAACGCCCCAACACAGAGGGCGGGGACACCAAGCCUAAAAAGCCGAAGCCCGAGCCGACCAAUGCCUCUGCUGAACCCAAGUCAAAGGGAAAAACAAAGAAUCAGAAGGCAGAAGAUGCCGCAGCGGGCGGCGAGGAUGGGGGCGCCGGCAACGGCGAUGAAGAAGAAGAAGAGCUCCCCUGGUGA